AAGAGAAUGACGUUUAUUUUCCGUGUAUUCUUUCGUCUAAUCUCCAAAAAAUAGUAGUAAAGGAAAAGGACCCCUUGGACCCUUGGGGUUAAACUAUGCACUGUUACAAGAACAUUCUGAAGUUUCAAUUCAUUCCUAGUCGGCGAAAAUGCUGGUGCAAAGUAGCUAAUUAUUCCACAAGUAGCCGAAAAGAAUUUAAUGUAUCUACCUUUUGCAAUAUUAAUGUGGAUCUUUCAUGUAAUAUAACCAUUAAACCAUUAAAUGUACAUAAGUAUCAAAAUCAAGAUCGGUUAAUUAUACAAGCCAACACGAAAUGUAUUGAUCUCAUUAAACAUAAAGCUGAGGCAAAUAAUGUUAAUGUAUUUGACUAUGAAGACAACACAGACUUGGAAAAUGAUAUUCUCUGUACUCUCAGAGUUCCUUCAAAAGCGAACUUGAACAUAAAAGGAAAAAAGGACAUCCAUAUUGGGUAUUUUUUAUGUGAUAAUGUACACAUUGAAUCUUUAGGGGGAAAUAUUUCUGUAGAAAAGUUUGAAGGUCAAAGAAUUGAUAUUCUUGCAAGAUAUGGAAACAUUAACAUCGAUAAACAAAUUCAAGCUGCUCAAAUUACUAUGAGGGCUAAUAAAGGGUAUGUCAGUAGUGGUAAACUUCAAGCACUACAGUCACAUUUGGAGAUAUGCGAAGGAGACUUAUACAUAGACUCAUGUUAUUCUGACUCUUGUACAUUUAUUGUUGAAAAAGGAAAUAUGCAUCUCCAUAAUGUUCACAGGCACUGUAAUAUUAAGAUUGAUAAAGGCCAAUUAAUUUUAGCUGGUUUUGAUGGGCAAUUGUCAGCAAUAAUCAAUUCUGGCUCGGCUGACAUACACUUAUCAAGAAUAAAUGGAACUUCUACCCUGACUGUAAGUGAUAAAAUUGAGCUAAAAGUCUCUGAAGAAUGCUUACAAUCCACAAGAUUUGAAAUUAACUGCAAUGAAAUUUCUAAUAAUACAGACCAGGUAUUAAUUCGAAAUGGAAAUAAAAGUUCACUGGUCCCUGAAGGAGAGGUGAAAGCCAGCAUGCUUGUGAAUUGUCCCCGUGGUUAUGUGAAUGUUCAAAGGACUACUUGGAAAGAUAUGAUCUUGACAAAAGUAAAAAGCAAUACACAAAAAAAACAUUCACAAUGA